CAAAAAAAACGAAGCAUUUGCAAGUGAAUACAUUCCUGUGGAAGAAAGUUAUGUUUUUCUCUUGAUAUUUCGAUUAAAGCAAGUUUGUUUUAAAUAGUGUAGAUUUUUCGACUUUUUCGACCUUAUCCGUGGACGAUACCCCAGUGGAAAAAUGGCGAACGAUUCUGCCAAACUUGAGAAUCAUCUUAAGCUGUUGAAGGAAGAGUACACCAAACUGCAGAAGAAUUAUGCCGAGCUGGAACGAAAAUAUAGCAAGGCGGCCGCCUCCAGUGACGAUCACGAGCUGGGAGAAUUCAGCAGCUUUGUAUCUCGAUUAGUGAUGACCGUGGCCACCCUGUACGGUCGUAAAACCUACUCGGACAUCACAGUUAGGUUGAAAGAUAAAACCAUGCCUGCUCAUAAGUUUGUUCUGAAUGCUCGUAGCGAAGAGUGGCGCGAAGAGGUCAUCGCGGAUCAAAGCGAACUUGAUUGGUCCGAUCUGGAUGCCGAUGUCGGCUAUGCGCUCCUCCGCUGGAUUUACACCGACGUCGUUGAUCUGCAGCAUGAUUCACUUGCAUUGGAUCUGCUGAAAACGUCGCAUCGAUUCAAACUGCCUGGCCUAAUGGGCCUCUGUGAGCGAGCAUUGGUUUCCUCUGUAUCCGUACGAUCAUGUGUACGAUUUUACUGUGUGGCCGAAGAAGUCGGUGCCUCCAAUCUGCUCGAGUAUUGCUCCGGGCUGAUAUCGACCCACUGGGAAGAUCUGACACCGCAAGAUUUCGAACACAUGUCCGGUCCACUGCUGUACAAAAUGUUGAAAAGCAAAACCAAACAUCCGCUGCAUGCGGCUGUCCGGUUGCUCCGAGAGGAUGUCGUUUUUCUGUGCCUUGUCGAGAACGACGGUUCGCUCAACGAAAUCGUCAACAGUUUGUCACCGCAAGGUCAGCUUCCACUGGGAUUAGCUCUUAUGGGUCGCAGUACAGCUAUAGCGCAAACACUUUUGGAAACGGGGAAAGCCGAUAUCAACGCUUUAACGUCGGAUGGAUGUCCUCUACUUAUAGACGCCGUCAAACGAGGGGACGGUUUCACAGCCAAAUUCUUACUGGACAAGAAUUGUAACGUGAACCUGAUUGCACGUGAUACAGCUGAUACAGCGCUACACCUCGUGUGUACCUACGCGGAAAAGAGCACCGAUUCGGAAACAUUCCGGGAUAUGUUGAGCAUUGGUAAACAACUGUUAAAACUUGGAGCCGAUACCAAUCUUCAAAAUAUGAGAGGAUACACUCCACUGCAUAUCGCCAUUACUUCUCAACACGUGGAUAUGGUCGAAGAACUUCUCAGCAAUACCGUUCUUAACCUGGACACUAACAUCCGAACUUUGGACGAGAAAUGUGCCUUGCACUUUGCGCUUAUGCCUCCUCAUACCGAUGGGCCACCGUUUGAUCUUGCACGCCGUUUGAUAGAACGAGGAGCUGAACCAAAUAUGAUUGCAGCUGAUACUGGAGAUAGCCUGCUGCACACACUGACCAAGCAACGUUUACAGGAUGCAGGCGUGUUCUUUGCAGAAUAUGCAAACUUGAACCACGUUAACAAGUCCGGACUAACUGUUCUACAUCUAGCGUCAGCCAAUGGACUACCUGAACUCGUGAAGGCUUUAUUGGAGAAAGGCGCUUCUCCGAAUUUACAAUCAAAUGUAACGGAGCUUAAAAGUGCUGUACACUUUGCUGUAGAAUUCAAUCAGCUUGAUGUUAUAUCCGCAUUUAUCAAUCACAAGGAGAACUAUUCUAAGCAACUCGAAGCAAUUGAUUUCAAUUUGAAGAAUGCAAUGGGAGAUUCUCCCCUGAGCUUAUCGCUGGCUUUAGGUUACAAUGACUUGGUUCCACUUCUGAUCAAAGGAGGGGCAGAUGUCAAUGCACGUAAUGGUCAAGAUAUGACCCUUCUUCAUCAGGCUAUAUUGAAGGAAGAUUCGAAAACUGCCGUUUUUCUGCUCAACCAAGGAGCGGACAUGAAUGCGCUGACUGCAGAUCAAGAAUCACCGUUACAACUAGCCAUUCACUGUCGCCUCCCAGAUGUUGUAGACGCACUUUGUAUUCGCGGUGUUUCCUUUAGUGCACCAGAUAAUAAGGGAGAUUGUCCACUUUGGUGUGCCCUCCAAUCCGAACAGUUCGAGAUAGCUUCGGUUUUGGUAAAACAUGGAGUAGAUACAGAUUGUUGGGGAGCUGGUCCGGAUGGUUGUCUACAAACGUUACUCCAUCGUGCCAUUGAUGAGAACAAAGAGCAAGCAGCACAAUUCCUGAUAAGAAGUGGCUGCGAUUUGGACUCUCCUCGACAGCCCGGAGCUCAAGGGGAAGGUGGAGAUGAAGCAAAAGAUAAAGCUUCGCCGUUGCAUUUAUGCUGCCAAUGGGGGUUAAGGAAUGUUCUGCACACACUGAUUGACCAUGGAGCUAAUGUCAAUGCGGUUAAUUGCGACCUUAAAACUCCACUUCAUAUCGCGAUUGAAAAUCAUCACGAAGAAAUCAUUGGCAUUUUGCUGUGUCACCCAGGAAUUGAUCUUAAAAUUCGAGACAAGUCUGGUAAUACUCCAUUUGCAGCAGCUCUUCAGUAUCGAAACAACAAAGCUGCUCAAAACAUUCUCGAAAGACUACCCAAUGCUGCGGAACAAAUGGACCAACGAGGCCGUAACUUUUUACAUUUGGCCAUUAUGAGAGAUGACCUAGAGUCGGUACUGUUUCUUCUUUCGAUCCACGUGGAUGUAAACUCCAGAGUUCACGACGUUAAUCAGACGCCUCCACUUCAUCUUGCUGCUGCUUCUGAAAAAGAAAUGCUUAUAAGAAAUCUCAUCCUAGCUGGCGCUAGAUUGAAUGAUCGUGAUGCUACCCAGAAAACUGCAUUGCAUGUUGCAUCCGAGCGUGGAAACGUGGCCGCAGUAUCAGCCCUGCUUCAGAAUGGCGGAGACUUUGACGCAGUCGAUGGCGAUGGUAAUAACGCACUACAUAUUGCUGUUCGGGAAGGUCACAUUGCAGUGGUACGUGAACUACUGACGGAAUCCGAACUCAAUGCCGAAAUCGUCAAUCUCAAAGGCCGUAACCCUCUCCACGAGCUUUGUCGGUAUGGCAAAGAUAAUACAGCUGCCGGAAUCCUAGAACUGUUUUUAGAAUGCAUGCCUAAAUACCCCAUCAACGCUCCUGAUCUACAAGGCAACACCCCUCUACUGUUAGCCUACAUGAGAGGGCAAGCUCAGCUGUGUCGAAUCCUUGUUAAAAGCGGCGCUUGUCUGGGCGCGGAAAACAAGGAAGGUUUGACCAUAUUCAACUUCAAACUGGCCACCAACCAGCUGUUGCAUCGCUUGUUGGACGAACUACCCCAAGAAUCCCCGUGGGCCACCUCCGAACUGUGCCAGGAAUGUGGCACUAAAUUCACCAUCACCAUGAGAAAACAUCACUGUCGUCACUGUGGUCGCAUCCUGUGCAGCAAAUGUUCUAACAACGACGUACCGAUCAUCAAAUUCAGUAUGAACAAACCGGUCCGGGUGUGCUGUGUUUGUUUCGAGGUUCUGCAAGUGGGCAGCGGAGUGUAGAGUUUAACGUUGGGGACGAUUGACACACAAAAUAAACAACAAAAUUUCUGCUUUUGGAAUCCUAGCAGAAUUAACAGGAAAAAAAAAAUAAAAAUUUUGUGUUAGAUAUGAUAUUAAGCUGAUAUCAUACGUUACUUUACGUUUGUCGCAAUGCUUCAAAAAGCAACACAUUAUUAAAAAGUAAUAAACAAAUCACCUACUUUUCAAUCGCAUACCUAUUUAAGAGUUGUAGACCAACUGACAAAAUGUGCUAAAGUUUAGAUUGACUCAACCGACAUAUUAAAUUGGAUGUUUCUUUCAAAGAUUUAUUUACGAUUUAUAUAUUAGGAAAUUAUAAACAUAGUUAAAGAUUAUGUUAUUCAAGCAUGUAAAGUAUUACUCUAAGAUUAUUAUAACCGCUUUUAGUCUGUACUGCAAAUCUGAAAUAAAGAUUCGUGUUUAUUUUUGUAUUUUUCAUUUUUGGAGCAAUAAAAAAAAACAUCUAACAACUUGA